CUUGUUCUUUCUCUGUCAACUUGUUGCUUUACCUCAGCGUUGACCGUGAAUGAUGAGCUACCACCGAUCUAAGAGAUCGGUGCAACGAGCUUUGGAAUCACAUCCCUUGAGAUUAAAGUUAACCAACCCCUGAAUUCUGGCCUCCGUGAGCAUUGUUAGUUCAGGCUCGUCAACAAGAGACGAGGCCAGCGGAAGACAUUGACGCCCUUCCCGAGCUUCAUUAUCAAGAAGACUUCCUAGCAACACAACCUCCCAAAGGCCCAAAUGGCUAGAAAUGAUUUCCUUCACCCAGUGUUUAUGGACAUUACGGAUUUGCCAAGUGACUACGCCAUUGAACAGAUGCGUGAGGCAGAAUCUAUCGGUUGGAAGGGUGGGGAGAAUUUCUUCGAUGGAAAACACGACGACUUCUGUUUCGUAUGUGGCGGCACAAUGGAGCUAUUCGAGUGCCAAACGUGUGAUAAUUGCUACCAUGCGACUUGCAUGACACCAUCGUUGCCCCCGAGUGAGGUCCCAGGUUUCUGGUUCUGCCCGCACUGUGUAGAUAGAGAGCUGCACAUUCCCCCAAGCUCUCCAAGAUCGCAUUACUUCACACCUGUGUCUCCACAAGGGUCGUCCCUUCCUGCGAGCACCCCAAAGACCCCAGGAAUCAGUGCUACCAGCUCUGUAGUAAGUUCUCUCAAACGACCAGCAGCCACUUCAAACACAGAGGAACCUGCCAGCAGUGGUCAAAGUCAAGCCAUCCCAGAGCAGAAUUUUCAGCCACAGGCUCCUCCUCAACCAGCGGGAACUCAUUCAACAAAAACACUUCCUCACAAAGGCAACAAUAGUCGUCAGCGGCGUUCAUACUCACCCCCGCUGAAAAAAUCCAAGUACUCGACCUUCUCUGCCGACGUCGACAAGGCGUUGACUGUCAUCCACAGAGAACUCGAGAAAGCAGCUCAUAUGGGGAGAGCGGAAGGAGGCCUCCAAGACAAGAUCCAGGCAUUGGAGCAACAGCUGAAGCUCAAAGAUGGGCAGAUUCAACUGGGCAUCAAGGAGCUUGAAUUUGCAAAAAGACAGCGUGUGGAGUCGAGUCUUCUUGAGGCUGAGAAUCGAAGAUUGAAAGAGGAGAACGCUAAUCUGGCGAGCUUGGUUGAGAGGAAAGACGCUGAGUUAAAGGAUUGGCGGGCGAAGCUUAGGAAUAUGAUUGGGAGCGAGUUGGAUUGAAUGGUGGAGGUCAUCUUCGAAUCCAAGGGUUCAGCCUCGUUUGACUCUUGCACAUCAGAUGAAAGGGGCUAGAACGAGAGCGGCAAUCGCACCACUGCUUCAAACGCAACGACCGACCCACACGCGAGAUUGGACAGGAGGAUACGAGCAUAGAAAAUGCACCGCAGACACAAAUGCAGUCAGGGACCAGGAUUUCGAGAAUGAGUCUGAGGAUGAGCGAGGAUCAGGCGAGGCAACGCGUUUUGGACAACUGUACUUAGAAGAAACAGUGCUCGAUCUGUACUCGGGUGUUGCAGGAACACAGAAGAAGCAUAGACAUGAAUGGUACCAACAAUUGGUUUGUGACCUCCGAUGGACCAUAAAGAGAAGCUGGAGGAGUUAAUGUGGGGCCAAACUACGGGGACGAGAAUUAAAGAAGAAACCCGACAACAAGAUUUCGAU